UGUAGCUGAACUGGCGGGCGCAGCAUUUUAAAGCCGUCGUAAUUGUUAUCGAAUAAAUGGGGUCGUCACCGGAGAUGGAGAAGUUUGGCGUGUCUGACGCAGAGUAUUCAUUUAUGAUGGACCCUUUAAAACGACGCCCGAACCAGACAAAGAAGCAAACAAUAUACGGAAUCUUCGCCUCAGACGAUUCUGAUUCAGAGCCUGAAAGGAGCGGCUUUGGUGGACGUGAAGCUGGUUUCAAGCGUAAGGGUGCCAAUUAUUCAGCACCGAUCAACUUUGUCAGUGGUGGAAUGAAGGCGGGCUCAGGGGACUCCUCUAGUCUGAAGGAAAAGGAUGAAGAGGCUGACCAGAUUUCAGAUGAUGAAGAUGAUAAAUGUGUACUGAGGAGUUUACGUUCUUAUCAUGAUUCAGACUCUGACUCGCCAAAUUCAGAUGUUUAUCGUAAACCUGGAAAACAUGCAAGCAUAUCUGUUGGAGCCGGCCGACGGGUAGCGGCAGCCGCUGCAGCGGCAAAGUCAGCAACCUCUGGUUUUGGAGCUUGGGAAAGACACACAAAGGGUAUUGGAAUGAAACUUUUGGAACAAAUGGGUUAUGAACCGGGCAAGGGACUUGGUUCAGACGGUCGAGGGAUUGUUACCCCAGUUCAAGCUGUCCAAAGAGUGGGAAAAGUAUCAGUGGGAUACUAUGGAUCUGAAAAGACUCCUGCGCCUCGUCGAGGAGAUGAGACUGUUGUUGAGGAUUCAGGCUCCAUCGGACCACGUUACAAAAAAAGACCUGGGCUGCAACGCAACCAAAUACCGAAGCCUAUACAGGAGUAUAAAACUACUGAGGAAUUAGUUGCAAAUCUUUGUCCUGCAACUCCUGCUACAGCUAUUAGGCGACAUGGGAUUUUCCUGGAGAACAGUGAAUUGUCUAAAGUAAAGGUCAUCGAUAUGACAAGUAAAGAGCAAAAGGUAUAUUCUGGUUAUGAGGCUGCUUUAUCUCGUGUUGUUCAAAGGCGCCGAAAACCGGGAGAUAAUCUUACUCUGUCGGACGAAGAAGGUCCAGAUGUUGAUGGUAAACGGAUUGAAAAAAGGUUGGAAGGAAAUUUUUUUGAUUGUCCUGCUUUGCGACACAAUUUCGCUUUGAUAAUGAGAUCUACUGAGGAUGAAAUCAGGAGAUUUGAUCGAGAUGCUAGAUUUGAGGAAGAUCGCGCAGUUGGUUUGGAACAUGAAAUCGAAAAAUUAACUGAGAUAGUUAAAGAAGAACAAUCUGAAGUAAAUCAACUCGAGAAAGCUUUAAUUCUGAUAAAGAAGUUUGAGGAUGAAGUCGCAUUUCAUUCAGGCUCUGAUACAAACUUAACUUCGGAAGCCAUUUCGUCUUGGGUAUCACUUAUACGUGAGGAAUGUGCUGAUUUAGUAGAAAUGCCUGUUCUUAUGGCGUCGAUCGCUCGCCCAAUGUUAGAUAAUUCACUUGCUAAAUGGAAUCCUCUUAAGGAACCCACAUUCUGCCUCGAUUUGCUAAAACAUUGGAGGGAUUUCCUCCAAAAUUCUUGUGCAUUUGAUGUCAUACUCGAAACAAGCUGGCUAAGCGCUAUACGCCGCACUAUUGUUAAUGAGUGGAAUCCUCGAGACUGUGAACCUCUUCUGGAGGUUCUUGAAGCCUGGCAGCCCCUAUUACCAGGUGAUAUGUUGCAGCACAAAAUACUUGACCAACUGGUUCUUCCAAAAUUACAGGAUGCUGUUUCUUCGUGGAAUCCGUUAACCGAUACAGUACCUGUUCAUAUUUGGUUGCAUCCGUGGCUGCCUUGGUUUGGAGGAGUUGAACGCCUCUCAUGUUUACAUGAUAUGGUUCUUCAGAAGUUAGGGAAUUGUCUUACUAACUGGCAUCCUAGUGACGCAUCUGCUCGCUCAGUCCUGAUGCCUUGGCGAACCAUUUUCCCGGUCGCGUCUAUGUCAGCUUUUCUGAGUCGCCAUGUGGUACCGAAGUUGGCUUUAGCGCUACAACAGUUUCAACUUAAUCCUGCUAAGCAAAACAUGGAUCCGUGGAACUGGGUGAUGCGUUGGGCAGACUUGAUUGGUCCGGCUGUACUUGUAAACCUACUUGAACAUCAUUUUUGGUCACGAUGGCUUUCAGUCCUUUCGAACUGGCUAAAUCAGGGAGUAGAAGCUAGGCAACGCGGAGACCAUACGGCUGCCGGUCAAGUUUAUCAAGAAGUUGGACGUUGGUACGCUGGAUGGAAGGGUCAGCUGCCUCCUGAGUGUAUGGAAUACGCAAGUGUCAAAGAUGCCUUGACAAAAGCUUUGGCGAUGAUGGAACGGUCCAUGAGAGGUUUGCCACCUCAAGAACCUGAAAUAUCAAAACAAAAUCAUUCAGAUGUGUCAAGGUAUCCUGCUGGUUCAUCGGGUGUACUUCCGCCAACUUUUGGAUCAACACCUUUGGUAGCUCCUCCCGCGACAACAUUACGUAAACAGGUUGAACAAGUAGCAGCGCAACGUGGCUUCUUAUUCCAUCCUAUUUCAAAUAAGAUGUUUGAAGGUCAACAAGUAUAUCGACUAGAAUCACUGCAGGUGUUUUUCGACCGCAACGUCAGUUAUGUGUACAACGCCAAUGAUGGUGGUUGGCUCCCUGUUACAUUUGCAGAGCUGAUGACCCGUGCUCAGUACUAAUUUUCAUAAUAUUUUGGUUUUGUAAAUUUUAUUUCAAACAUUACUUCUUUCAAAAGUACUGUACAUAAUUACUUUCAGAUCUUCCUUUUUUAAUUUUUUCUGAAUGAUAUAAUAAAGUGGUUUCAGCAUGAAGCCUUCAUACGUUUUGGAAUUUUGUCUCCUGUUGUCGUAAAGUGCAUCCCGUCUAAACCACGCAGAACAUAGGGGAAAACGACU